CCUUCUUUUCCAGUUCCAGCCAAGGUACGGGGUGGACGCACAGUGUACAACGUCACGUGGGGUGUUUCCGUGGUUCUGGAGUGCUCUGCAGAGGGGGAGCCCCCACCGGAGAUCACGUGGUGGGAGAACGGAACGCCUCUUAAAAGCGAAGUGCCUACGUUGUCUCAUUCUAUGUUGACCAUCAAUGCAACUGAAAGUACUAUGUACUUAUGUAGAGCUACAAACUUCAUGCGCAGUGCCAAUCUCACAGUCACCGACAGUAAAGAUUUUCACAUAUUCGUCCUCACUAAAACAGAAUCAAAUACAGCAAUGCCCGAUCAGCAGUCCGAGCCGACUUCAACCAAUGUCCGCCGUCCUCCUUUAGAUACACCCCAAGGAUACUGCUCCCUGUACACAGGCAGUACCUGCAAGAAAUACCUCUCUUCUAAGACACUCGUCUACUACAAUUUUAGCAAUGACGGAUCAGCCACCCCCAUCAAUGAACAGAUUACGUAUGACCUCUGGGAAGAGGUCAUCUCAUCUCUUCUGGAACCUUGUCGAACAGCUGCCGAGACCCUCCUCUGCCACUAUGCAUUCCCCCACUGCGAGUGGAUAGAUGGCUUUGCCUACAGCAAGCCACUUUGCAGGGAAGAUUGCAUAGCGCUGCAGGGUUUGUUCUGUUACAAUGAGUGGGCAAUGAUAGAAGACAACAAGCAGAGGGGCAUUUACUUCAAGUCGAGGGGCCACUUCCGACUUCCUGACUGCAAUUCCCUGCCAGAGAGGGGAAAUUCUACAACCAUCUGCUCGCAUGCUCAUCUCACGGAUUUACUCGAGGAGGAAGUGACAGGCGACUGCGUACGUGACAGAGGUCGAUUUUAUCAGGGAACAAUCAAUAUGACUAAAUCUGGAAUUCCAUGUCAAAGAUGGGACUCACAGGAACCUCAUCAUCAUAAUCGUCCUCCAAUGGUGUUCCCAGAAGUACUUAAUUCAGAGAAUUAUUGUAGAAAUGCCGGUGGUGAAGAACCCAUGCCUUGGUGUUACACUAUAGAUCCCAGAAUACGGUGGCAACAUUGUGAUAUCCCACGUUGUGAAAACAACAGUUAUAUACUUGCUGCAGAUUUAGAACUCAUGGAUUUAUUCGAACCUCCUCCGGAACCAGUUUUCUCUCCUACUUUCAUUUUGAUUACUUGUGCUCUCAGUCUAGUUGUUGUAGCCAUGAUAAUUAUUGUCGUCCUCGGUUGUAGAAGACUUCAAAAAUACAGAAGAGGAUACAAUGCUACGCCUACAACCGACGUCGAAAUUGAUUUGGAGAAGCUUCCCUCAAAUAUGGCUUACCAUCAUACUUCAGCUCAACUCAACCCUCGUUUGGAAACUUUAGAAUAUCCCAGAAAUGACAUCAUUUAUAUUCGGGAUAUUGGCCAAGGAGCAUUUGGAAGAGUGUUUCAAGCGAAAGCUCCGGGGUUGCUAAAAGGAGAAGAGUUCACGAUGGUUGCCGUAAAGAUGCUCAAAGAAGAAGCUUCCGAGGAUCUUCAGACAGAUUUCGAGCGAGAAGCUUGUUUGAUGUCCGAAUUCGAUCAUCCGAACAUUGUCAAGCUUCUUGGAGUGUGUGCCGUGGGUAAGCCUAUGUGUUUAUUGUUCGAAUACAUGGGCAAAGGUGAUCUGAACGAGUACUUACGAACCUGCUCACCAACCAAUUACAUAGUAAGGACGGCCAAUGGUAAUAUCUACAAUGACGUCAGAAUGACACACGCUGACUUGCUAAACAUUGCCCGUCAGAUAGCUGCAGGUAUGACGUACUUGUCUGAGAGAAAGUUUGUUCAUCGGGAUUUGGCAACAAGGAACUGUCUAGUAAGUGAGGACAUGGUGGUUAAGAUUUCCGAUUUCGGUCUCUCGCAGAAGAUCUACACGGCAAACUAUUACAAGGGAAAUGACCAUGACGCGAUCCCCAUUCGCUGGAUGCCAUUGGAAUCCAUCCUUUAUAACAAGUUUACAGUGGAGUCUGAUGUCUGGGCGUAUGGUGUAGUAUUGUGGGAGAUAUUUUCAUUUGCUCUUCAACCCUAUUACGGUCUGACUCAUGAAGAAGUAGUGAAAUACAUCAAAGAGGGAAACGUUCUUCAGUGUCCUGAUAACACUCCUUUACCCAUCUACCACCUCAUGAAAGCUUGUUGGAACCGCAAGCAUUCAAACAGACCGAGCUUUAAGACUAUCUUUAAAACUCUUGGUGUUAUUCAAGAGGAGCUGCAGCGGCAUGCUUAUAAAGAACAGAAAGUCCAUGUGUAAAUUGAAAUUUGAGCUUGUUUCAUACAGCCAUCAUACUAUCGCACAAGUUUUAUUCAAAAAUUAUAAUCGAUGCCAAAAUACAGCAAUAAAAGUAGAAAAUUAUUUUCAAAACAUGCGGUGAUUUAGUGUAUU